AUGAUGGUCAUCGGAAACAUCUAUGUGAUCGCCUCCGUCGCCGUCGUCGGCGGCGGACUGUUUGGAUUCGAUAUUGCUUCCAUGUCAGCCCAGCUGACGGAGAAUUCUUAUAAAUGUUACUUCAAUCAGGGUCCGAAUGGCCCUCCUUUCAGUUAUGAUAAUCCCGAAAAAGGGUGCAGUGGUCCUCGCUCGCUCGUUCAGGGUGGUAUCACUGCUUCCAUGGCCGCGGGGUCGUGGCUCGGUGCUUUGAUUUCUGGGUUUGUGUCUGAUAUUCUCGGUCGUAAAUAUGCAAUCAUGUCUGGUUGCGUGAUUUGGGUCGUCGGGUCCGUCAUCAUCUGUGCCUCGCAGAAUAUCGGUAUGCUGAUUGUCGGUCGCAUCAUCAACGGUAUCGCCGUUGGUAUCGAAUCCGCACAGGUCCCUGUCUAUAUCUCGGAGUUGUCCCCACCUUCUAAGCGUGGACGAUUUGUGGGUAUGCAACAGUGGGCCAUCACUUGGGGUAUUUUGAUUAUGUACUAUAUCUCCUACGGUUGUGCUUUCAUUGGUGGGUCGGACGUAGACAACUGGAGUGCUGCCUCCUGGCGUGUUCCCUGGGGUUUGCAAAUGGAUCGCUGGGAGGAGGCUCAUGAAGUCCUGGCAUUGGUUCACGGUAAAGGUGACCGAAACCACGCCUUCGUCACUUUGGAGUUGCAGGACAUCCGCGAGCAGUGCGAGCUGGAGCGCACCUUCAAUGACGCCGGAUACCUUGACCUGUUCAAGCCUCGGAUGCUGAACCGAACCAUGGUGGGUCUGUUCACGCAGAUCUGGUCCCAGCUGACUGGAAUGAACGUGAUGAUGUACUACAUCGGAUAUGUUUUCGGCAUGGCAGGCUACACAGGCAACGCCACUCUGCUAGCUUCGUCCAUUCAAUACAUCAUCAACGUCGUGAUGACGCUACCCGCCCUGAUCUGGCAAGAUCGCUGGGGUCGGCGACCGACGAUGUUGGUCGGUGCCUUGUUGAUGUGCAUCUUUAUGUUUGCCAAUGCCGGAAUUCUCGGUGCCCACGCUGAGAUCCUGGCCAUGGAUGAUCGUACCUCUCCCGAGCAGUCGAUGAGUGUUAAGGGCGCGGCAGCCAAGGGAUUGAUUGCUUGCACUUAUCUGUUCGUGGCUUCGUAUGCGCCGACCUGGGGACCGGUCUCAUGGACCUACCCACCAGAGUUGUAUCCCCUGCGACUGCGGUCCAAGGGAGUGUCUCUGUCGACCUCUGGUAACUGGGCCUUUAACACGGCACUAGGAUUGUUCACCCCGCCGGCGUUUGAGAACAUCACCUGGCGGACUUAUGUGCUGUUUGGAGUGUUCAAUGCGGCGAUGUUCAUCCAUGUUUUCUUCAUGUUCCCGGAGACGGCAGGUAAGACUCUGGAAGAGACGGAGGCGAUGUUUGAGGAUCCGAAUGGACCUAAGUAUCUGGGCACACCGGCCUGGAAGACGCGAGUGAUUACCAACCGAACCGUGGCUCUGGAACACGGUGAUUUGGAGACAGUCAAGGGUCGUGAGGAGGUAGCGCCGACGGUCAACAUGACGGAGAAGACUGAAGCUCAUGCAUAG